AUGAAACACGCUAUUAAACCAAAGUGCAAACUGCAAUCGAGAGAAACCGGCGCGAGCGGCGCAGAAAUCGAAAAGGAAAUUGUGCAAAACGAGGAAAACGUUAUACGUGCAGGAUUGGUACGCGGUGCUAAUUAUUGCUCUUUUGACACGGGAGCAAUGAGUUAUGAUUUUAAUACGAGAUGCAAAACAAGCAGAAGGAAUAAUGCUGUCAUAAAGGAGGUUGAUGAUUUUAUUAAAGACAAGCCCGUCAAUGGCGUCAAUGCCAAUGUCAGCUGCGGCGAGGAAAGCGAGAAAAUAUGCGAGCUGCGGGUGACGGAAGCGAACAGAUUGGAUGUGGAUGCAAUCAAAUCAAACGAAAGCAAAAGAGGAAAGCAAUGGGAUAUUGUAUGGACGCGUGUGCUGGUUAUCGGGUUUUUUCAUCUCGCAGGAUUGUAUGGUGCAACGUUGCGGUAUGAUGCAAAAUGGCAGAGUCAAAUAUUCGGUCGUAUAAUCGCCGUUUUAUCAAGUUAUUCAGUAACAGCUGGCGCCCAUCGCCUCUGGAGUCACAGAUCAUACAAAGCCAAUUACGCCUAUCAAAUAAUGCUGAUGUUAUUAAUGAGUUUCAUCUAUCAGAAUAGUAUUUACGUAUGGGUACGUGAUCAUCGCGUGCAUCAUCAAUUUUCCGAAACAGAUGCCGAUCCACACAAUGCGAAAAGAGGCUUUUUCUUCAGCCAUGUCGGAUGGCUAAUGCUAAAAAAACAUCCGGAUGUGCGACGCAAAGGCGGCUCAGUGGACAUGACCGACUUAGAGGCGAAUCCGAUCGUCAUGUUUCAACAUCGACAUUAUCAUAAAUUGAUAUUCCUCAACUGUUUCUGUAUUAUGAUGUUUGUUCCUUGGUAUUUUUGGAAUGAGAGCAUCAAAGUUGCAUUUUUUUAUAUGACAGCUUAUCGAUUGUUGAUUAUUUUGAAUUUUACAUGGGGAAUUAAUAGUUUGGCACAUAUGUAUGGGUAUAAACCGUAUGAUAACAGUAUUGGCCCGGUUGAAAAUUCCCUAAUGUCUUACUUGACGUUCGGUGAAGGCUUCCACAAUUACCAUCACACAUUUCCGUACGAUUACAAAGCCGGCGAAUACUCAACGGACGGCAGGAAUACCACAACCAAAUUCAUCGACCUCUUUGCGUCGAUCGGAUGGGUGUGGGACCGUAAAACAGCCGGAGAUAAAAUUAUCGCCGAAAGGAAACGCCGUGGAGACGGAUACGAUAAUCACGAGCGUGGUGCGUCCAAACGCUUUAUGGAUAUUGCACGUGUAUUAUUCAUGUGCGCAUUUUACGGUUACAUUAUUUAGGAUUAGUAUUAGUAUUAGGAUAAUACAGUUAUAGUCAUAAAUUUAUAUUUAAGUUAGUAAAAUUUGUGCGAUUGAUGCGAUAUGACGUCUUUAAAAAAAAUCAAAAUGGCGGAAUAACAAAUCUAUUAUUAUUACAUUAUGUUACGUGUGAUUACAAUGAUUGAUGAUGAAUUGAAUAACGGAAGUAGGAAUCAAGGAAAUAAGCUGGCUGAGUUUAUUAAACCCUUUGUUGUUAAAAACCACGCGUGACCCGAAAUCUAAAGUUCUAGAAAGCUUCCGAUCAACUUCGUAAUGAAUGUGUUCGAAUUUCGUCGUCGCUGCGACGUGAUGAGUGCACAUAAUGAGUUUGCGAUUCUUUUGUAUCCGCCAGUUGAGUGCGUGAAUUGCAUUUGUAUUGUCAAGAUUUAAUCACGCCGGCAUCACGCCAUCUUGACACGAUAUGUCUAUUAACCUAAUUUAUGCACUCGCAGAUUAUGAUUUUUAGGUUAAAACACAAAAAAUUCACUGCGUUUCUUUCUAUUAACAUAAUUUCAUCAUAAAUAAAUAGAAAUGCAUUACGAA